ACAAUGGAGGAUCAGCUAAGACAAUUAAAAGACAUAUUCGACAGGUUCGACAUGGACGCAGAUGGAAGCUUAACCAUCUUAGAACUCGCGGCCCUGCUCAGGUCCCUUGGUCUCAAACCUUCAGGGGACCAAAUACAUGUUUUGUUAGCAAGCAUGGACGCAAACGGCAACGGUUUUGUCGAGUUUGAUGAGCUUGUAGGCAAUCUUCCUGACCUGAACGAAGAGAUCGGUAACAAUACCGAACAUUUACUCGACAUUUUCAAAUCUUUUGAUAGAGAUGGUAAUGGAUUCAUCAGCGCAGCGGAAUUGGCUGGAGCCAUGGCUAAGAUGGGGCAACCGUUGACGUAUAGCGAGUUAAGGGAGAUGAUUAAAGAAGCUGAUACAAACGGUGAUGGUGUUAUAAGCUUUAGUGAAUUUGCUUCUAUUAUGGCUAAAUCUGCUGUUGAUUACUUUGGUUUAAAAAUCAAUUCAUAA